ACCAGGAUUUGUCCAAAUUACCCGCGUCCACACUGAAUCGACCCAGCCACGCCACGGUGGAUUGAGAGAUUUGAGAUAGACGAGAGGAACAGAGAGGAGGCCGCGCAGCCGCCGCGCCGUGCUCCUCCCCGGCCGCCGCUCCCCCGCUCUCCCACGCCGGGACCGGCCCCGCCAAAUGCUUCGCAGCCGCCGCCUCCUCCUCCCCGGCGGCGUCAUCCCGCCCGUCUCGCCUCUCUCGUGCGGCCAUCCCCCUCUCGCGCAUUUCCUCAAACACCUGCCGGGUAGCCAUGCCGGCGUCUCCAACGCCGCGGCGGACCCGUGCUCCCUCACGCUCCACUUCCUCCGCAACUCCUGCGGCCUCCCGGAGCCCGCCGCCGCCAAGAUCGCCGGGCGCGUCCGCCUGCGCUCCACCAAGAGGGCGCACGCCGUCCUCGCCCUCUUCCGCGGCCUCGGCCUGGCGGGCGCCGACCUCGCCCGCGUCGUGGCCGCCGCCCCCGAGAUGCUCAACUACCGCGCCGACGCCAUCCUCGCGCCCAAGCUCGACUUCUUCCGCCGGGACCUGGGCCUCACCGACGACCGCAUCCGCAAGAUCAUCCUCUCCAACCCGUACCGCUCCCUCUGCUACAGCCUCGAGCGCCGCCUCCGCCCCAACUUCCUCCUCCUCAGGGAGCUCCUCGGCACCGACCAGAACGCGCGCUCCGCCGUCAAGAAUUCCUUGGAGCUCAUCCACGGCAACGUCCGCUCCGACCUGCUCCCCAAGGUCAAGAUCCUCCGCGACCAUGGCGCCACGAACGCUGUCAUCGUCAAGCUGGUCACCACGCACCCCAGGUCGCUCAUUCACAGGUCCUCCUUCUUCAACGAGAGCCUGGCUGCCAUGAAAGAGCUCGGGGUCAGCCCGUCCUCUGGCAUCUUCCCUUACGCCUUUGGGCUGUUUGCCAGACUGAGUCCGGUGACAUGGAAGCGCAGGAUCGACAAUUAUCUCAGCUUGGGGUGGACCGAGGAGCUGGUGAAGCUGGCCUUUGUGAGGCACCCCUACUGCAUGUCUGUAUCAGAUGACAAAGUGAGGCGUAUCUCGCACUUCUUUGCUGAUAAGCUUGGCUGGACCCCAGAGUAUGUUUCAGCUAGCCCGAUGCUUAUCUCGCUCAGCUACGAGAAGCGGCUCCUACCAAGGUACCAGGUGCUGGACAUAUUGGUGUCAAGGGGUGUCAUCCGGCGCAUCCGAAUAAGCCACUUGAUACUGGGGGAGAAGAAGUUCAUGGAGAAGUAUGUCACUGGUUACCAGCAAACUAUUCCUGAAGUUCUGGAAGCUUAUAGAGGAGCUGGGACAGACAGUGCUGUGACUGUGAAGUAGCUGGAAGAUUCUGCUGCGCUCUACCCUGCACAAAGGCACUGUCCUUUCCCUGGCCUCGACUGUCAAUUUUGUUAUACUUUACUGCACCUUUUCCUUUCUGAAAUCAUGCCAUGCAAUGAACCUGGGAUCAACGAAACUUAUAUCCUGUUUGUUAUGCCUAUCUCUAUUUUUUUGUGUCUCACUUUUGAAGUGGGAAGAGAUGGCUGAUGGAGGAAACUGCCUGGAAAUCGUAGUGAUGCAAGUGGGCAGCCUCCGCUAUUCCGUCUGGUAUAAUAUUUCACUUGAUCUUAACAUAAUAUGCUAGCUUCGUGGCUUGCCUGCUUGCAUCCCUUUUAAGCAUAUAUGAAUAUGAUAAAAUAUCUGACCUAAAGCUACUUAACUCAUAAAAUGUAUUCUUACAAAUAAGCUCUGUAAAAUGGCAUUUUUGAAGUUUGCACCAUGAAUAGGAAGUUCAGGAUAUCGAGAAGGUUUAUGCAAUGCAGCACCAGCAUUUUAUAGCUGAACGACUUGUCAUGACAAGCACAUGAUGAAGUUACAUCUCACGUCCACAAAUCCAUGCUUGUUAUGUUGGGCCACGCUUAUUAUGUUCCACUGCAAGGAACCUAAGGGUCCAUCACCGUGAUCUCCAUCUAGGAGAUCUGUUCGAGUCGGGCCAGAUUAGGAGAAUCACCUGAUUGGUAGUAUCAUAGAGUGUGUACCAAGUUAGGAGUGGCACAUAGGUGGUUGCACUGGUAGCUAUUAAUUUUUAUCAGUUUAGGUUAUAAUCUAGUGUCAUAUCCAGUUUGUAUUCAGCAAAGAACCCCAAGUACAUAUAGGGAUUGUUUGUAACCUAUGAAAUCAAGCAAGAAGAGGUAAUUAGUCUUUUCCACAUAAAAAAAUCUUCUACUAUUUCAUAUGUGGUUUAUGUCUCUGACUCUCCAUAUCUUGCAUCUCAACUUACUCGUAAAGUGCAGUGACUGCAGUCCCAGCCCUCUUCAAUAUCCAUCAUUAUUUUGGUUCAUGACAUUGCGACUUUUUAUAACUAGAACACCAAAUGUAUUCUGAUCAUAUUGCUGCUUCCUUGUUUGUACAAGCUAUCCUAAACUAAACUAAAAUUAAGAAGAUACAUGUGAUGUUGCUUUGGAGGGCACACUAAUAGGCACCAUAUGUGUCGAAUUAAUCUAACUAUUAAAAAAAAGGACAAGGUGCACAAGCUUUUCUUGGGGAUCAUCAAAAUACAUCUAGAUACAUCCGUUUGAGCGACACUUAAUAUGGGGCAGAGGUAGUAUAUUUGAGUCUAUGAUGUGUGCUUAACUGCUUAUCCUUGGCAAGUCAGAGUUGUAAUAUGCAAUGUACAAUUUUUGUCAUAUGCAGGAUAAAUGACAUAAGAAUAAAAUGUACUAUUGUGAUUGUGUAGUGUGGCAUUUAAUUGAGAGGAGGUUCUUUAAAAAAAAAAAAGAGGUUGCCAAGCUCU